AUGACCAAGAAACAAUUGAAGGAGCCUUUGAACAACUUGUCCGACAACCACUGUCACUUUAGUCCUGUUGCAACUCGCGAAGACGCAUAUAAACUCGCAGGUACUUUGAAUGGUCUCGACUUUGAGUUCCCCACUAAGUUCUUUCACUUGAUGACGACACAACAUAUCGAUAUUGAAUGUAUUGAUAUUUUGUUGACACAAUUACAAAAGCCGGAUAUAAUGGUGCCUUAUUUUGGGGUACAUCCGUGGUUCAGUCACUUGUUCUACAUAGGCACCAAACCGAAUAAGAGGGAUCACUUUUGCCGGGUGCUUAAACCAGAACCUAGUGAUGAGUUGAUUGACAUCUUACCAGAACCGAUGAGUAUGGAUGAACACACAGAUAGUAUGAAGGAGAUCAUCAAAAAGCACAAUUUAAAGGUUUACGGCAUUGGAGAAAUCGGGUUAGACAAGUUGUUUCGAGUUCCAAAACUGGGUUGGUUAGGCAAUCCCAGUCAUGUCGCAGAAGAGCAGGAUAAACUCACCAAAUCGCGUGUAACAAUGGAGCAUCAAAUGGAUGUAUUCAAACACCAGCUACAGCUAGCUGAGAAGUUAGGUAAACAAGUAUCGAUCCAUUGUGUCAAAGCUCAUGGGAUAUUGUACGAUGAGGUGAUGCGGUACAAAAAAAUAGCCGUGGUGCUUCAUUCAUACACCGGCUCGACAGACCAAGCUAAGAGAUGGCUCAAAACCACUCCAGUCAAACUCUAUUUUUCAUUAUCGGACUGGAUCAAUGGAGAAAAAAAUGAAUUAUUGAAACUACUAAUGGAGCAAUCUGAUGGUUCGGAAAUUUUGACUGAAAGUGACAUGGGAAUCGAUAAAUAUUUCCUACAAGGCAACACAUCAGAGUACUUUGAUCAUCUCACUGGCAUAUUCCAAAAAAUCAACAAUUACAAACAUAUAGAAUCCUCUCAGAUCAAGUCAAAUAUGAUAGAUUCGCUAAAUACAUUAUAA